GCGGUUCCUUUCAACAACAUGGCGGAGGGGCUGGCUGGGGCGGAGGCGCCACCCCCCUGGUGUCCGAGCCCGGCAGGGCCCGCGGCCGGCUCGUCCCUUUGUUGGCCGGGCGGGUGCGGUGAGGGGCGGGCGAGGUGCCCGGGGUGCCUCAGCAGCCCCCUGCCGCCCCGCUGCUGUGUGCUGCCUGAACCCUCUCCAGCCCUGCCUGUGGUUUAUUUUACAGCCGCCCCGCCAGCAUUACAAUGUUAUUGCCAUCUAUGUACAAAAGACAACUUUACAUGUGUGACAGAUGGGCUUUGUUUUACCUCAGUAACACGGACUGCAGACAAAGUCAUACACAAUAGCAUGUGUAUAGCAGAAAUUGAUCUGAUUCCCCGAGACAGGCCAUUUGUUUGUGCACCGUCCUCCAGAGAUGGAGUUAUUACUGUGCCUCAUUGCUGUGACAAAGACCACUGCAAUAAAAUAGAACUUCCAAUUCCAACACCAGGUCCUACUCCAGGAAAACCAGCUUCUAAUCUAGGACCUGUGGAACUGGCAGCUGUUAUUGCCGGACCCGUCUGCUUUGUCUGCAUUUCACUAAUGUUGAUUCUAUACCUUUGUCAUAACCGUACUGUGAUUCAUCAUCGUGUGCCCAGUGAAGAAGAUCCCUCGCUAGAUCGUCCCUUUAUAUCAGAAGGAACUACUUUAAAGGAUUUAAUUUAUGAUAUGACAACUUCAGGCUCUGGGUCAGGUUUACCUUUACUUGUGCAAAGAACAAUUGCAAGAACUAUAGUACUUCAAGAAAGCAUUGGUAAGGGUCGCUUUGGAGAAGUAUGGCGAGGGAAAUGGAGAGGAGAAGAAGUUGCAGUGAAGAUCUUCUCUUCAAGAGAAGAACGUUCAUGGUUUCGAGAGGCAGAAAUUUAUCAAACAGUUAUGCUACGACAUGAAAACAUUCUCGGAUUUAUAGCUGCAGACAAUAAAGACAACGGUACGUGGACUCAGCUGUGGUUGGUGUCAGACUAUCAUGAACAUGGGUCGCUCUUUGAUUACCUGAACAGGUAUACAGUAACUGUGGAAGGAAUGAUAAAACUAGCUUUAUCCACUGCCAGUGGCCUUGCUCAUCUUCACAUGGAAAUUGUGGGCACACAAGGCAAACCAGCAAUUGCCCACAGAGAUUUGAAAUCAAAAAACAUAUUGGUAAAAAAGAAUGGAACGUGCUGCAUUGCAGACCUAGGAUUGGCAGUUAGGCAUGAUUCAGCUACAGACACAAUUGAUAUUGCCCCCAACCACAGAGUAGGAACAAAAAGGUACAUGGCACCUGAAGUUUUAGAUGAUUCCAUAAAUAUGAAACAUUUUGAAUCAUUCAAACGAGCAGACAUCUAUGCAAUGGGAUUAGUGUUUUGGGAAAUAGCUCGGCGAUGUUCAAUCGGUGGAAUCCAUGAAGAUUACCAGUUGCCAUACUAUGACCUAGUUCCUUCAGAUCCUUCUGUUGAAGAAAUGAGGAAAGUUGUUUGUGAGCAGAAGUUAAGGCCCAAUAUUCCAAACAGAUGGCAGAGCUGCGAGGCAUUACGAGUAAUGGCGAAAAUCAUGCGGGAAUGCUGGUAUGCCAACGGAGCUGCUAGGCUAACAGCUUUGCGAAUUAAGAAAACAUUAUCACAGCUUAGUCAACAGGAGGGGAUAAAGAUGUAAUCCUGGAUUUGCUACCGAAAAUACUGUAAAAAUCCAUAUCUGCACCGGAGUGGCAUGUUAAGAACAUUAAUUGUUCUACCUCAUUGGGGGAACAGAAGGAUAUUGCUGCCUUUUAAUACUUCAUAGGAACGUCACUUACUAGGAUUUUUGUGGACAUGCUAAACAGUUGUUUUGGGUCCUGUCUGUGCACUAUGAACCUCUUCUCAAGGUUACUUACAAAACAUCAUGUAGUCUAGUUUUAUUUUUAUUAACCUCUAUUUUUUUUAUUUGGAAAGUUCAUAGCUGGUCUUAACUUCUAGUUAACUGUGCUAAAAAUAUGAGAUCACUUUUAAAAUGGAACUGGUUCACUAUAUUGUUCUAGAGUGCAUUGAUGGCUUUUUAAGCAACAUUAUUCCUGGCUGGUACAUUGACUAUUCUGAACCACCAUGAUGGUUCUUAGAUUCAGAUUUUGAAUGUACCGUUGGAGUAUACUUUGCUAGCUAUUAAGGUUGUAUGUCUUUUGGACUUUUACUUAGACUUGCAAAUUGACCUCAUUUGGUUGUGAGGAACAUAAUUUAUGCAACUGUAUACAUGAUUGCUGUUACUUUUUCCAUUUUUUCAGAACACUACAUUGCCUUCAAAAUAGAUUGUAUUAUACCAGUAAGUGCUACUUUUGAGUCUUUUAAUGCAAAACAGUAGGAGUGUACAAAGCCUAUGGUACUUUUGGUUUCAAAAAUACAAGUUAAAAACUCAACUGUUCCUUUCCCUAAGACUUAAUUCACACCUGUUACAGUGAGUAUAUGUUUUGUGGAAUAUCUUUAAUUUUACCAAAACCUGACUCUUUAAACCACUGUAGGAGUUUCAAACCAUGUAAGCUAGUCACUGUUUAAGCUAAUAAUUCACUUGUCAUAUUUUGUAAUUAUCAAGUCAUAAGUCAUAAUUACAUGUAAGAUUUUUUUUUCUAUCAAGUGGUACUUUUAAAAUGCUUGAAGUACCCAUCUACUUAAGAAAAGUAGGAAGAGGACUAAGAUGUUUUUAAGGGAGAUUUUCCUCCUUUAAAUAAGAACAGUCUGCUUGCUGUGCAGUUCUACAGUCUUUAGGCUGAAAAAAAAAACAAACUUUUAAUUCAAUUAAAUGAGGAUUAAGUGCACCUUUAACUGGGGAGAACUUAUUUGGGCUUUUGAACAAGAAAGUUAGAAGUUGCUUACACAUCCUAUUUACAUAUUUUUUGUGUGUGCCACAUACACAGAAAGGGAUGAGCUGAAGGUCUCUGGAUACAAAUACCAGGGGGCUCCAUCUGUCAUCUUCAUAGUUACAGAAAUAAUGCUUAUGAUGGCUUGUGUCGUCAUAAGAAGACAGAAUAGUAUGCAUGGCUUUAGUCAAGUUUUGCCUGAAAUUGUAAGGAUAUCACAAGAUUUUUACAAAAUUCAAUUUUUAAAAAUUGAAUUGUUUUCUCUGCAAUUUAUAACUUCUGAAGGGGAAUGGGGGAAUCCAUGUGGAAACCUUUAAAACUAUUGUCUCCAGGAUAUCAUUUUAAUAGCAAUAUUAGGAAGAAUCUGGCUGACCUUUGGUAUCAUUAAUGUCUGGUAGGAUUUCUGUAUGUAAAUGUGCCUGGUAAUUAAUAUGCAACCUAACAGUUAAGUUCUUACUCUCUAGAGUACAUCAAUACCCUUCUCAGUAUGCAGCACAUACAGGGAAACCUUAAUUCUGCUCCCUUUUUAUUCGGCAAGGUGGUUGCGAAAAGGAGCACAGUUGAGAUUGUAUUCCUUUGUCUGUUACACGUAGUAGUUACAGCAGUAAAAAGAGGCUAUGUAGGUAGCAAAAGAUUUUGCCAAGGCUUAGCGUUAGCAUUUCACUAACUCUUGCAUUUCCAAAUUCUUGCAUGGAGAGGAGCUAGCUGAAUUGAUGUGGGAAUUACAAAUCGACAGAGGUUGAACUGCAAACAGUGAAAUACUUUCUUCAGCCACCAUUAUGGAUGAGUUUACUCAUCUGGGAGAACAGGAGAAAAAUAAAAGGGAAGUUCUUAGCAGAAAAAAAUUGUUUAAAUGUAUGUACAACUGCUACACUUAGGUCUUUUGGCAUUAACCUCCCAGUCAUGCUUUCUGGCCUAUAUCAAGCAAAGUUGAAUCAAAAGUGACUUCACCUGAGGAUUUUAAAUAAACUCUGCUUCUAUGCAAAUAGUCAGCUGUACACCACAGAGUUUUCCAAUUAUGACUUUAUAAUAACUAAACUCCCCAUUCUACCUACUUGGUAUGCUUCCCUAACAAGUUUUAUAUAUCUAAACAAAUAUUUAAAGAAAGCAGGUCAGCAUUGAAGGAGGACUUACUAUUAGCUCUGUACUAAUUUCAAAGGCUUCCUAUUUAAACACUAAUUUUCUUAAAAUUUGAGUUUGCAAUACCUUUCUUUACCUGGUUCUUUACUAAAUACAUUUAGAUACAAAUGGUAUAGUUCAUACUUCGGAAGCAUCAAGCUACCACCAUGCUUCUGAUCUGUGUAAUAAUCUUAAUGGUAUUGUGUGAGAGUUUCCAGUCUAAUUCAUCAGAUAACUUAAUUUGGGGAGGAGAGAGGUGGUAAUUACCACAUACAAAAUCUUGUCACCAUAACGUUUACUUUCCAAAAAUGUAAGGAGCAGUUCUAUAGCACUUAGAAUAUGUGGCACCUAAAGAGCAUAAUGGCAUGCAGAUUAUUCAGUCAGUUGUACUCAUCUAACCACCUACUAUUCUUCAUUCUCCUGAAUUGCUUAGCAAUUCCUGUGUUCUAAUUUUUAACUUUGUAAUAGAAGCUUGCAAAAACAAAGCACAGGAAGGACACUUGAUGCAGUAUGUGACCUUAUGAACAUCAUUUUGAACAACCAACCAUGUUAUUCACAUUGGAAUGCAGAACAGGAAAACUCUGAAUAAGAGUUGUGUGUGCUCAGUUCUGAUACCACAACUUCAAGCUGUGUUUUUGUUUUGUUUUGUUGGUUUUUUUUUACGUUAUAUAAACUGAACACCUUUUACAAAGGCUGUGUCUGUAUAUAUUAUGUAACUUUAAAUGUUACCUGUGUAAGGAUCAUAUCUUAUAUAUAUGGACACAGGUACACAUAAGUAUUUUUUAAAUUAAGAUUGUAAUAUCACUAGAUCUGCUCUUGGAAAUCCAGGGGGACCAAAAUAUUUUAGCAUUCAAAAUACUAAUUUUGUAUAAUUUCAAGUAUAUGCCAAAACAUUUUGAUGAAUAUUGAUACAAAUGUUUAUUGUACAUUAAACAUUCACUUAAGUUUAAUCACUUCAGUCAAUUUCAGUCAAUAUAUUAGUAGCAUUGAAGCCUCAAUGGCUAAGUGGACGCAUAAGGACAUGGAGAAUAAGGAGCAUUGGAAAUGGUCUGAUGCUGAAAAGCCUGAAAAGUUGCUUUUGGAAUGCUGGAAUUCUUCAGGGACCUUCCAACUUUAAAAGCUGGAUUUCUGGGUUGUUUCUCAAGCUGACUUUCCAAACAUGUCACCCUCCUAUGGUUUCACUUGUAAUCCUAAGAAAGACUUCUGUAUAUAGGGUAAAGACAUUGGGUUUGACUGUAUCGGGACAUGAAGGUGUCAAAUGAUUAAGAGGCUAUAUUAUAGUUUUCAGUAAUGGUUCUGAGUGUGACUGCCAUGAAAUUCACUGUUUAGUUGGUUCCUUGUUUGUAUCGUUCCAUUGAAAUGAUUGCAAGGUGUUAAUCAUUUUACAUUAAAAAAUAUAUAUAUCACUAUAUCAGUUGCUUUAAACUCAAAAUACCUCUUAAACGAUCAAGGUACAUUUACCUCGUGUAUAUAAUGCUUAAUAUUUUUCAAAAUAUUCUCCAGAUUUGCAGUUACAUAUUUCUAGAAAUAUGGGUAUUACUAAAUUUACAACAGUAAAUUCAGCGGUACUAAAUGUGUUGUCUCAUUCCCCCAAACACUUUCAUUUUCUGUAUUGUGUUAGCAAGUUUGCUGCUUUGUCAAUGUAACACCUGCCCUUUAUAUAGCUGUGUGUAUAUUGCCUUGUAAAUUUUACUUUUUAGAUGAUAAAUAUGAGGAUCCUGUACAGAUGAGUGUCACUUUUUUAAACCUCACAAAAUUGUGCAUUUCCCAACAUUUCUGAAAAUGUAUUGUAUUUGUAGAGUAUACACUUCAGUGGAUUGUAAAUAGGACAAUAGAAGAGUGAAUGCUUAUGCAUAAGUGGUAACACUACAGUAGAGAGAUUAAAGCAGUGAAAAUAAAUUACUUUUUUUUUCUCUCCAAAA